AUGCCGCGUGAGGUUCCUGACACAGCCGCUGGCUCACCCGCCCGUUCCCCCUUCUCGCCCGUGCCCCUCUCUACUCCCGACGGCUCCCGCGCCCCAGCCGCGUCUCUUCCUGCAGCCGUCGCGUCAUUAGCCACCGGAUCCGCCACCGACACGUCCCCUUUGCUGCCGCUUCUCCCCGUAGCGGACCCGCAAUGGCUCCGCCUAAUGUCCGCGGAGGCGCGUUCCGCGCCGCCGGUGCAGAUCAUCCAGCUUGAGGUGCGCCCCCUCAACGUGCCGCUCCGCGAGCCCUUCACCAUCGCUUCCGCCACCCUUUCCGCCGUCCCCAACGUCGCCAUCCGCGCUGUUCUCCGCAUCCCUUGCGCAGGGGGGAAGCUGAAAGUGCGGGAAGAGAAGUAUGAAAUUGGAUCUGAGGAAACGGGAAUGUUUGGCUGGGAGGGCGACGGGCGGGGGGCGGAGGAGAACGGGGGAAGCGGCGGAAUGAUCGAAGUGGUGGGUUGGGGUGAAGCACCUGUGCUGCCGUCAGUUACGGAGGAGGACCAGGAGACGAUUAUAGAAGCAUGCGCGCGCGCACGUGACUGGAUGGUGGCGCAACCACCCAUGCGGUGGCAUGAGCUGCUGCUGCGGCUGGAGCAAAGGGUUCUGCCUGGCCAUGGGCUCGCUUCGGCACGUGCGGGAGUGGAAAUGGCCGUUCUAGACGCGCUUGCAUCAGCACUCGCGCUGCCGCUCUGGCGACUCUUCUCCUCAUCUUCCCGCCCGCUCUCCACCGAUAUCACCAUCCCCAUCUGCUCACCAGAGUCAGCAGAGUCUCUUGCCCGCAACUACCACUCCCAAGGCUUUUCCUGCUUCAAGAUCAAGCUCGGCGCGCUGCCCCCUUCUCACUCGCCGCUCCCUGCACACGCGCUGCAAGAGCUCUCGUUACAGUCACCGUUGGUGGACGAACUUGCGCAUGCCAGGCAGGGUCAGGUUGAGAGAGAAUGGGGCGGGAGGGAGAAGCGCCGCUGGGGAGAGGGGAGGGAGGAGGUGGGAGUGAUGGAGGGGUGGGAGGCGCAACUGGUGCAGGCAGAUCUGGAGCGGGUGGUGGCAGUGCAAGAGGCAGUGCCGCACUGCUGCCUGCUGCUGGACGCGAAUGGGGGCUACCGCACUGCUGCUGCUGUCCUGCACCUCCUCUCGCGCCUUGCAGAGCAUGGCAUAAGCCCGCGUGUGUUGGAGCAGCCAUUCCAUCGCAGCAACUGGCGGGCCAUGCACUCCCUCACGGCCGCUCUCUCCCACCAACACCACGCCACCACCUGCCGCACAUCGCCAUCACCCGCAGCAGCACAUUCAGCCGUGGUGGUGGCAGAUGAGAGCUGCCGGGGCGAGGGGGACUUGUGGCGGAUCGUGCACGAAGGAGCAGCAGCCGGCGUGAACGUGAAGCUAGCCAAGACGGGCGUGGUGGGCGCUCUGAGAGUCAUUGCUGCCGUGCUGCGUGCGAAUAGGGCGGAGGGGAGGAGAGGAGAGCCGCUGCAGCUGAUGAUUGGGGGCAUGGUGGAGACCCGUCUUGCCAUGGGGUUUGCGGCUCACAUGGCUGCUGGACUCAAGUGCUUCCAGUGGGUGGAUCUGGAUACACCGCUGCUGUUGGCGUCAGACCCUGUUGUGGGGGGGUAUACAAUGGACCAGGACAGGAUCGUCUUUCCUCCAGGCUUGGGCCAUGGGGGCUCCCUGCGCUGGCCAGCCCAAGCAGCACAGGAACACCGGGAAUGGUGA